CGGCUUUUGAAGGGGUUAAAAUGAAUAGAAAUAUAGGUGUGGUGAAGAGCAUAUGGAGUGGCGUGUCCAAGAGACUUGUGCAUUACAAAGUCACUCCCAAAAACUAUCCAAAAGUGAAUAUAAAAGACGUUGAACUUGAAAAACCAAGAUACGGAUUCAGAAAGGAGAGACCAGCAUUACUUUCACAAGAAAUCACCGAUACUUUAUAUCCAUCGGCAGAUAUCAAGCAGGCGUACCUUGAAGCCGGAAAGCCUGUUCCAAUAAGAUACAGAAACAAUAGUGAUUUGAUUGCCAAAAGACAUUAUGAGAAUUAUAAAGAAGCUAUUGCAACUGGAGAAGCCCAUUUCAGAAUCGGUGAAAAUGAAGUUUAUUUACCAAAGGCAAGGGUUGUUUUAUUGAAACCAAGUGCCAAACAUACCCCAUAUCAAGCUAGAUUUUUAGUUCCAAGAAAUUUCAAUAAGAUGGAUUUAAGAGAUUAUUUAUGGAAUCUUUACGGCUUAAGAGCAUUGAAUGUUACUUCACAAUUAUCACCGGUUAAAUUAAGUAGAACUGGGGCAGAUUACUCUACUUAUAGAAGACCACAAGUUAAGACCAUGACUAUUGAAAUGGAUGAACCAUUUGUUUGGCCAGAACAUGCUAAAGAAAAAAUUGAUCAAUAUACGAAACAAGCCAAAUCUCAAAAAGAUGCUAUUAGAAAGAAGGCACUUGGUGGUAUGCAAGAACUCAAUGAAAGUAAGGCAUUUGACGGGUUAUAUAAGAGACCAGAAUUGGUUAACACCUUUGUUCCCAAGAGACUUAAGAAACAAGGAUCCUCAAUUGUUCAAGAUUAUAAAAAACACUCCGAAUCCAAACAAGAUAAAGAACUUCUUUCUAACUAUCUUGGAUUAUAAAUUUCCUCUUCAUGUAUAUAAGUUAC